GCGGCCAGUCGACCGGUGGCAGCGGCUCCGAUCCUCGCGGGGUUGACGACACCGCGUUGUCCAAAGAGCAAGAGGUUCUUGCGGGUGAGCAACAUGAGCACGACAUUGGCGAUUCCAGAUAGUCCAAAGAUGAAAAUGACGACCCACGUCACGGCAGGUGGACCAUCGGACGAUACUGAGGGGCAGAACGAGGAUGGUGUAGGUGACGGGAUACCAAAUCAUCGAGAGGGCUUCCUUGGCCGCAUCCUUACCGGCCUCACCACCUCGUCCUCCCCUCCCCGAACUCGAAAAGUAGGCGUUAUUAUCUUCAUCGCUAUUCGCAUUCCACCGCUUCCACUGAAACCUCACCCUCCUCCAAUCGAGCGGAUCGACCGUAAUAUUACCGCGGACGCGGAAAUACAACAAGGUGUACAAGAGGAUGGAGAGGAACGCGGCGAACCAGAUCCAAAAGUACUCGCCGGCGAUCCUCUCAUCGUUAAAGUGACCCGAGAUCCAACACCAAUACGGCGUAGGCGUGAAAAAGUUGUCGAUCGUAACGUUAUCGUUGGCGGGCUUGUGAUGUCUCGCAAACCCCACGAUCCCAAACAAGACGACAUACACCCAUAUAAACGUAAUCACCACCUUCCAGAUCCAACUGGCCUUUGGACUCGGACUCCACCGGAAAAAGAUGACGAGGAAGGCGUCGACGUGCGUGCGGAUGAGCUUCCAUUCGCCGCCUGGUGGUGGAUGGUGUACGUUUCGAAUGUAGUUGCGGGAGACGAGGAGGAGUACGAAUAUGACGGCGAAAGAGGAGAUGAACCCGGACAGGGUCGUGAACUGCGAAGGGGGGAAGACGGGUACGGUGAAAUAGCAUCACAUUGGCCGUGUAGAGAUAAGAACACCGUGGAAAAUAGACGUAGGGAGAGGGUGAGAUGGGGAACGGGCUGGUGCAUAGAUCCCCUUUUGGGACGGGCAUUGUCCAGUCAAACGCGAAU